AUGAGUUGGUUGGAGAUGUUGCAGGCCCAGGCACGCGAGCUGAACCGCCAACUGGCCCAUGAACUCUGGUUGCAAGAGUCGCACAGGCACUCGCCGCUCCCAGCGUCACCUGUGCCGCCCUCGUCCUCGUCCUCGGCUCACCCGCGCAGCAACGAUCCCGCCGUCGAAGGUUCACCCCGGACACCCCUUCAUCCCACCGCCGUGUUGGCCCCAAGCUACCGCCCUCCUCGAUUCGCCAAUCCAUGGAAGGGGGACCAUAGCAUCACGAGGCUUAACGCGUUCAUCCGACAAGCACGGGCGUGGAUCCUUGGGGUGGGGAAAUUUGGGGCCAACGACGAUCUCGCCUCCGCCGCACCCGACGUGCACCUCCUCGUCCUAAGUGUUUUCUCCACCGAACCGGGGAAGGGGCAAGAGACGAGUGCUGCUGAUUGGGCCGAUGCCCAGUUCAGAAGGGCCAUCAACGCCGCUCGAGUCCUGACGCUAAACGACCUGUUUCGAUUGGCCAGACAUCGUUGGCCCGAUCCGGGAUUCGCAGCGCGCGUCGAUGCGGAGCUCACGGCUCUUCGGCAAGGAAUCCGGCACGCGAUGGAGUUCCUUUCCCUGUUCGAGGCCAAGGUGUUGGAGUAUGAAGAUGAUGGCGCAAACAUCAUGACGGAACGGGACCAAGCCGCUCGGUUCUUACGUGCACUGAACCCUGCUGCGCAGCAACUCUGCCACACCCAGAUCGGUCACCGCGACCCGUUCUUCCACACCUCUGGCGUCUUUUCCGCAGGUCUGCAUCCGACGCUGGAGGAGCUCAGCCGUUGGGCGUCAGCCGUUGGGCGUCAGCCGUUGGGCGUCAGCCGAAGUCCGUCUCUCGCCGCUCGCAUCCGUCCGCGCUAUUGCGCACGACCCGGAACCGUCCUCGCCUCCGACAUCGCCCUCGCACCUCGCAGCCGUGCGCGCCGCUCGGUCACCUCCCCGCACCGAGAACGCCGAUCAGCACACGCGACAGCGCGAGCGUUGGGUCGCCCGAGCCAUCGAGUGGCAAGGCGACCAUCCGGCGCACCAGCGAAGCGAAUGGGUCCGGAUCUCGUCGGCCAAGCGAACCUGUCCCGCCACUCUGCGGUGCUACAAUUGUGGUCUGGGGGGUCAUUUUGCUGAUGACUGCAAAAACACUCGAGUCUCACCGAACCAGGUCGUCGUAGCAUCCAUCGCACAGUACUUCGACAUUGGUCCGAGCGGUCAUGAAGCCGACGAGGUCGUCAAGCUCGAGUCGGAUGAUCAACCUGUACGUCCUCUCGUUGCUUCGUCGCAUCUCGGGACUUUGGAAGGCUCACGCGGAGAUUUAGUGAGUUCGUUCCGAGCUCUUUUGAUCGAGUGCCUGUCCUCGCCCCUCGAUCAACAGGCGCGUGAUGAGACUCGCGAUGCUCCCGUGGUUCGAACACCUCGCACGGCUAAGGCCACGGGGCGUGGGGCACGCAUCGAACGUUCGCAUCGACGACGAUCGUCCUUCGUUGCCUCUGAUGCCGGCCCUCCUCCCACCUCCUUCGGUGGCCCUCGGGCCCUGUUGGCGUCCACUGUCGGCAUCCCUUCGGAUAAGGAACUCGAACACUUUGUCGAUGUCGGCGCAAUCUCCCUGCUGGAAGAACAGAAGCUAGCUGAUGAACCUCCUUCUGCCACAGGCAACGCUGAACCACGUAUCCUGCGAGUCAAGAACGUUCUUCUGUGGACGACGCCAAGUGGUCGUACCUUGCGAUGCCUGUUGGAUUCAGGAGCCGAGAUCGACGUCAUCGACAGUCGCAUUGUUAAAGCUGAGUCCUCCUUCGUGCUCUCGAGUUUGAUGGCUCCCCUACAUUUGCGCUUGGGAACUGGAGACGCCACCGAUCGACUAUCGCUGUUCGCCACAGCACCCUUUGCAUCGGGUGCCCUGGACCUCGGAUUACGCCCCUUCUUUGUUGGCAUGGUGUCCGGGUACGACACCAUCUUGGGCUUGCCCUUCCUGGCCGACUCGGGCAUGCUCGUCGGGGCUCAUCAGUAUGCCAUCCACUCGGGACCGUUCCAACCCGCGACCACUACCUCGCAUGCUCCCAUCCCCAGUCUGGAGCCAAUCCCGUGGGGAACAGCGGUACGCUCACUCUACCCCCUGGCAAGCGACGUCGGAGGGGAUGACGUCGUCUACACGCGUUGGUACGGUGGGGGGGAUUUCAGGAAGUGUCGGCUGUUGCGGCGGCAGUCGACAAGGGAGCAACCGAGGAGGGGAGUCGGUCGAAAGGCUCGCAGGAAAUCAAGUGUAACGGACUUAAUUCCCAAACGAUUGACAAGAAGAGGAGGGGCAACAAAAGAGAAGAGCGGACCAAGCUCCCGGGGAAAGGUGGUAAAACUAAAGGGAAGGGACUGUGCCAGGCCCAGAGGGGACUUAGCAAAUCAACCACUCCAAGAGGUCGCCUCAGGGGUAAAAAGGAUUGCUCACGGGAGCACCGGUAAAAACCCUGAAGCCGCGCCUCGGCUAACAAAAAGAUCAAACAAACCGAAAGAAGACUGCGGUCUGGGCACCUCGAACCCGCGACCACCGAGUGCGCGCCCGCGCGCCCACAAAGGAUUUUUUUUUUAUUUUACUGGGGCUCAUAAAUUGCAAUCCUUCGGGUUGGCUGGGACCGCUAGAAAAAGAGCUAAAAGAGGUUAUAAAGCAACGACGGCAAGCAAUUGGGUGAAAGUCAAACCCCUGCGCGCAAAGAGCGCUGCGCAGAUCAAAACCCGCCGAGCACCUAACGCGGACUCCAACGGGCGGUGA